GCGUUCAGCGUCCUGCUGCGCGAGGGCAUCAACGUCCAGAUGAUGAGCCAGGGCGCGUCAAAGGUCAACAUAUCGCUGGUUGUGGACGCGGCCGAAGGCAAGAGGGCUGUGCGCACCCUGCACCAGGAGUUCUUCUCGGCAGAGCGCCCCGCCGCCGCCCCGGCUAGCGUCGGCACCGGCAACGGCGGCAACGGGGCCGCCCACUGA